AACACACACGCACUCACGAGGCGAUGUAAUCGGGCCAGCAGCGGAGUAGCCCCCCCCACCACACACGCACACACACACACACACACACACACACGCUCGCUCACACGCACAGACUCUCACACACGCUCUCUCAGGCUCGGUGCUCGGCUGGCUGUGCCGAGUCGGAGCCGGUUGGUCCGUGUGCUCGCAGCGGGUUUGGGCUCUUGGAGAAGCUCCAGACGGAUGAAGCGGAGCGGGAGCCGCAGUGAGAGCAGAGUCGCGCCGGAGUGCGGACAGCGGUCUCGGUGAGAUGUAGACCACGGACGGGCACUAGAGCGACUGAACACGGCUGAAGUUGAUGAGUUCUCCGAGCCUCAGCGAACUGGGCAAGAGUGAGAAGGCAGCCUUGGAGGAGAGGGGCACCCAGCAGUGCAGGGCAGGGGCCAACGCCACCUGGAACAGCAUCCAUAAUGCAGUAAUUGCUGUGUUCCAGAAGAAGGACCUGGGAGAUAAUGAGCUAUACUCCCUGAAUGAAGGGGUCAGACAGCUGCUGAAGACUGAGCUGGGCUCCUUCUUCACAGAGUACCUGCAGAACCAACUCCUAACCAAGGGAAUGGUGAUACUGCGAGACAAAAUCCGGUUCUAUGAAGGUCAGAAGUUGCUAGACUCUCUGGCUGAAACAUGGGAUUUUUUCUUUUGCGAUGUGCUCUCCAUGCUGCAAGCCAUAUUCCACCCAGUCCAGGGUAAGGAGCCCUCGGUGAGGCAGCUGGCUCUGCUGCACUUCAGGAACAUCAUUACUCUCAACCUGAAGUUGGAGGAUGCUUUGUCUCGGCCCCGAGCUCGUGUGCCUCCUUCCAUCAUACAGAUGUUGCUCAUACUCCAGGGGGUGCAUGAAUCUCGAGGAGUAAGUGAGGACUACCUGAAGCUGGAGGCUCUGAUCCAGAAGGUUGUCUCUCCGUACCUGGGCACUCACGGCCUCUACACUGAUGACGGCUCUGUGGCGCAGUGCUCCUGUGUGCUGGAGAAACGGCUGAUGCGACGCUGGCCCAAGCCCGGUGACCCCCCUGCUAAAAAUCCAGUGGUUCGUUCGAAGAGCUACAACAUCCCCAUGCUGACACCUGUGGCCGAGUACGACACGGAGACGGCCUCAGUGGGCAGCGUGGGGGUGCGCCGUCACUCCGUUUGCGAGAUGACCUCCUGUAUAGAAGAGCCUGCCUUUUCCAGCGUGCCGUCCAGUCCUGAGACAGAGAAUGCCUCCCUGCUCACAGCUAGCCGGCCCAACCUCUCAACAGAGCAGGACUUGGCCAGCUGUGCGGGGCAGAUAGAGGACAGCUCUCCACCCCUGUCCCCCCCUAUAUGCCCCGAAUGUUCCCCUGGACCCUUUGGCCCUGGCAGCUCACGGGACUCAGGAUCUGACCCAGGUCAGGAGGCCUCACUGCCCAGCGGCUUGUCCAGCCCCGAGACGAUCGUAGAUCAGAUCCUGGAGUCUCUGGACUCAGAUGCAGAGGGAAUAUUCAUAGAAUUCCCCCGCCGCUGCUCAGGGUCAUCCACAUUCAGCCGAGAGAGCGGCAGGCAGAGCGUGGCCUAGAACACACCACAACCGGAAAACAUUCCUGAACUGUUCCUGUUUUUCGGGAACAUUUUAUCUCUGGAAUCUUUCUCGCACAAUUUAAAGAGUUUGUGGGUUUAAUUAGCAGGGUUUGGUUUGAUAUGUUUUCUUGAGAUUCCCUCAUCAUCUCACAUUCCUUGUUCUUUUACAUUGAAGGUUUGAAGAGAAACUCUCGGCCACCUGUACGUAGCUAACUAAAUGGAACAAAAUACAAAGUGUACUGACCUGACAACUCUGAAGUUUUUUUGGACAUUGACAUAUGGCGUAUAGCUAGUAUAGAAGCAUAGAUUUUAUUUUUAAGUAAUGAAUUUCUGAGGAGCUUUUGACAAUUUUUGAAAUGACUAAAAAUGAUCUUUAAAAAUAACGCCUGAAAUCAUGAGAAACCCGUGUUUAAAUUUUUGAGAGAACUUUUUAAAUUGUGUUGUCUCUGUAUAAUUUUGUAAACUAUUUUGACAAUCACAAAUCCCUUUUAGAAUAAUAAAUUAAUAUAUUCUAAUUGUUACCUGCCUAUUUAUUUGUAAUUU